GUACCCGAGCCGCUGCCGCCGGGGCGGUCGCAGCCGCACGGGCGAAACCGGCGGCGAGCGCCCGCACGGCUGCCCCCAUAAAGACUCCCUCCUGGCUGCCGCUUUCCAACGGCGGAGCGGUCGAGAGCCGAGAGCGAUCGAGCGAGAGGGAGAGGGAUAGGCUUGGGUGGGACCGUGGAAGAGUUUGGGGGUUUCGGCGAUGGAGAGGGGCGACGGGGGAGGAGGCAUGGCGCCGCGGGGCGGCGUGGUGGGGUCGGCGGCAAUGCUGGGGCUGGACAUGCACUUGGCCCCGCAGCAGAUGCACCCGGCCUCCGCGUUCCAGCACCAGCCACAGCCGGAGCAGCACCACGGCGGGUUCCAGCUGCACCAGCCGGCGCCGGUGAGGCACCAGCAGCAGCCGCCGCCGCCGUUCUCGCCCUACUCCAACACGUCGUCGUCCAGGGUCGUGGCGAGCGCGGCGGGCGUCGGGCACGACGACGAGAUGGUGGGCAACGGCGGGAAGGCCGGAGUGGUGCAGCAGCAGCAGCAGAUGGCGGCGGCGGCGGGGUGCCCGUGGACGCGGAUGAAGUGGACGGACUCCAUGGUGCGCCUGCUCAUCACCGUGGUGUACAACGUCGGCGACGACGGAGACGGCGUGGCGCCGGCUGGCGGCGCGGGGGGAGGCAAGGCGGCCAAGGCGGGCUCGUCUGCGCACGGGCACGGGCACGGCCACGGCCACGCGGCGGCGGCGCAGCAGCAGCAGAAGAAGGGCAAGUGGAAGUCGGUGUCGCGCGCCAUGGGGGAGAAGGGCUUCACGGUGUCGCCGCAGCAGUGCGAGGACAAGUUCAACGACCUCAACAAGCGCUACAAGCGCGUCGUCGACCUGCUCGGCCGCGGCCGCGCGUGCCGGGUGGUCGAGAACCACGCGCUGCUCGACGCCAUCGACGACCUCUCGGCCAAGGCCAAGGACGAGGCGCGCAAGCUGCUCAGCUCCAAGCAUCUCUUCUUCCGCGAGAUGUGCGCCUACCACAACGGCGGCGGGCAGCACGCGCCGCCGCACGCCGCGACGGGGGACGACGCCGCCGCCUGCCUCCACCACCCGCCGCCGGCGCUCGCGGCCUCGUCCGCCGCGUGCCACGCGCAGCAGCAGCACCAGGCGGCCCCGUCCCCGUCCCCGCCGGGGAUGAAGGACUUCUCCGCGGACGACGACGACGACAGCGACGAUGCCCUGAGCAACAACAGGGACGACGACGAGGAGGACUACGGUGACGACGACGAGGACGGCCACGUGUACCACCGCGCCCACCACCACCACCACCAGCACAACGGCGGCAAGCGCGGGCGCGGCGAGGACAGCGGCGCGGCGGAGGACGACAACGAGGACGACGCCGGCGGGAAGCGCGCGCGGGCGGUCGAGCAGUCGGCGGCGGUGCAGCAGCUGAAGGGCGAGCUCGCGUCCGCGGCGGCGGACCCGCAGCAGGCCCGGUGCUGGGUGCGGCGGCGCGCGGUGGAGGUGGAGGAGCAGCAGGUGGCCCUCGAGUCCCGCGCCUUGGAGCUGGAGACGCAGCGCCUCAAGUGGGAGCGGUUCCGCGCCAACAAGGAGCGCGACAUGGAGCGCGCGCGCCUGGAGAACGACCGCCUCCGCAUCGAGGGCCGCCGCAUGCUGCUCCUGCUCCGCCACAAGGACAUCGAGCUCGACAUGGCCGAGGCCAACUCCUCGUCCGUCGACCACCACCCCGCCGCGUCGCCGCUCGCGGCGCACUACCCGCAGCCCCAGCCGAUGGGGUCCAGCCCGUCCACCGCCGGCCAUCCCAACUAGCUAGCCGCCGUGCGAGAGCCUUUCCAUUACCGGUAGCGGUCGGUGACGGUUCUUUUUUUUUUAAGAAAACUUUAGUAGUAGUUCUCUUCUUUGGAUAAAAAGACAGUAGCAGCAUUGUCUCAUGUUUCGGGAUAGGAGGGCCAAGUGCCGUAGUGCGUGUCAGGGGUUCAGUGUCUGUUUUUUUUUUGGAUAAAGAGGUUCAGUGUCUGUUCAUAUGGGAAUGGGAUGUAACCAAUGUGCUAACUGAUGUGCUGAAGAAUCUCUGAAGAGUCCGUUUGCUGC